AUGAGGAUGUUUUCUCUUUUACCUCUGGCUUUUCUGGCUGCUGUCACUGAGGCAGGUCCAGUGGACAGGGUAAAACGUAGCAGCUCGCCUACAGUCGUCAUUGCAUCUCCGACUGCUACAGUCGUUGGAUCUUCUUCUGGCAACCUUGAUAUCUUCAAUGGGAUUCCCUUUGCCCAGUCUCCUACUGGCUCACUUCGACUCAAGCCUCCACAGGCUUUGGCUACUAACUUGGGAACUGUGACUGCCACGGGCACGGCUAUGUCGUGUCCUCAGAUGUAUUUUCAAGAUUCUUGGAGCAGUUUGACCGGAAUCCUUGGAACUCUACUGAACACACCACUGUUGCAGGAAAUCACAAAUGCCGGUGAGGACUGCUUGAACUUAAACAUUGUUCGACCAACAGGAACUGACUCAACAUCUAAUCUACCUGUUCUUUUCUGGAUCUUUGGGGGUGGAUUUGAGCUUGGUGGAACUUCAAUGUACAACGGUGCUAGCCUUGUAAAAAAUGGUGUUGCGAUGGGGAAACCUUUUAUUUUCGUUGAAGUCAACUACCGUGUCGGCGGAUUCGGGUUUCUAGCCGGCAAAGAAAUCCUAGCAGAUGGCGCUAGCAACUUGGGGCUGCUAGAUCAGAGACUUGCUCUCGAAUGGGUCGCUGAUAACAUUGCGGAAUUCGGUGGAGAUCCCUCAAAGGUCACUAUAUGGGGCGAAUCGGCAGGGUCUAUCUCAGUUCUAGAUCAAAUGAUCCUGUACGAUGGGAACUAUACAUACAACGGCCAGCCCUUGUUUCGGGGCGCGAUUAUGGAUUCCGGCAGUGUGAUACCAACUAAUCCAGUUGACGGUGAUGCUGGCCAAGCAAUCUAUGAUUCGGUCGUCGAGGCCGCAGGAUGCUCAUCCGCUGCCGAUACUCUGGAAUGUCUUCGAGAACUUGAUUACACUGACUACCUCAACGCCGCCAACUCCGUCCCGGGAAUUCUUAGUUAUACUUCGGUUGCUUUAUCAUAUUUGCCGAGACCCGAUGGCACUGUUCUAUCAGAUAGCCCGGAAGUGUUGAUACAAGAAGGGAAAUAUGCCCCGGUUCCCUUCAUUGUAGGCGAUCAAGAGGACGAAGGAACUCUGUUUGCCCUCUUUCAAUCUAACCUCAGCACUACUGCAGACGUUAUUGAGUACCUUGAGACUGUUUUCUUCCCAUACAGUACAAACAAAAGCAUUACAGAAGGUCUCGUCAAUGUCUAUCCAGACGAUAUCACAUUCGGCUCGCCAUUCAACACCGGCAUUCUGAACAAUUGGUAUCCUCAAUUCAAGCGACUAGCCGCAAUACUUGGGGACGCCACAUUUACCCUGACACGGCGCGCAUUCUUGGAUCUUGCAAGUAGCGUGAAUCCAGAUAUACCGAGUUGGUCCUAUCUUGCGUCCUACGACUACGGUACCCCUAUCAUCGGCACAGGCCAUGGGACAGAUAUUCUGCAAGUAUUCUAUGGCAUUCUACCAAAUUAUGCCUCUGCAGCUAUUCAGUCGUACUAUAUUUCAUUCAUUUAUGAUCUAGAUCCCAACGCAAACUCAAGCUACCCUGAAUGGCCGCAAUGGAGCACUGCGAAUGAGAUGUUGAAUUUUGCCGCCCACAAAGCCACAACUAUCACGGAUGAUUUUCGACAGGAUCAGUAUAAGUAUAUAUAUGAACACUUGUCAGGUAUUAGGAUUUAG